GGGACCUCCCUGUCACUGGGGCUGUGUUCGCACCAGCCCGUUGCCGGCACCUUUGGUGUCCUGGCCGGUACUGCGCCGGGUGACCUCCCUGUAAACAGGGCUUGGGUCUCUGGCCUUUUGCCCCCUUGCCCCAACGGUUUGGCUACCCGGAGAGAGGGGCACCGUCCCUGCGCCAAGGUGGAAAUGGGGCUCUCUGGUCCCCACGCCCACCCUGUAGGCAGAGGAGGGCUGUUUCCCCGGCCCUGGCGGCUUUCCGCCUGCUGGGACCUCCAGAUUGCACUUGCCAGUUUCUACGAGGACGGGGGUGACGAGGACAUUCUGACUCUUCCCCAGCCGACACCCAGCUCCAUAUCCAGAGGCACCGCAGCCAGUGACCAUAGAGUAACAUCGUUUAGAGACCUUGUCCAUGCGCAGGAGGAUGAUGAUGAAGAGGAGGAGGGACAGCGGUUUUAUGCCGGCGGCUCAGAGAGGAGUGGACAGCAGAUCGUGGGUCCUCCUAGGAAGAAGAGUCCCAACGAGCUGGUGGAGGAUCUGUUCAAAGGAGCGAAGGAGCACGGUGCGGUGGCAGUCGAUCGGACGGCCAAGAGCGGUGGCGAGACUAGCAAGCCUAAACCCUUCGCAGGGGGAGGGUAUCGCCUCGGGGCUACUCCAGAGGAGGAGUCUGCUUACGUGGCAGGAGAGCGGAGACAGAACUCCGCUCAGGAUGUGCACGUCGUACUGAAGCUCUGGAAGAGUGGAUUCAGCCUGGACAGCGGAGAGCUGAGGAGCUACCAGGAUCCGUCCAAUGCCCAGUUUCUUGAUGACAUCCGCAGAGGGGAAGUCCCGGCAGAGCUGCGCAGGUUAGCGCGGGGCGGGCAGGUGAACCUGGAUAUGGAGGAUCACCGCGACGAGGAGUACGUGAAGCCUAAAAGUGUUUUCAAAGCUUUUACUGGAGAAGGACAGAAGCUGGGCAGCACUGCGCCCCAGGUGAUGGGCACCAGCUCGCCAGCCCAGCAAGCAGAGAACGAAGCCAAAGCCAGUUCUGCCAUCGCUAUUGAUGAGUCGGAGCCUGUCACCAACAUCCAGAUCCGGCUCGCUGACGGGGGGCGCCUGGUCCAGAAGUUUAACCACAAUCACAGGAUCCGUGACAUCCGGCUCUUCAUCGUAGACGCCCGGCCAGCCAUGGCUGCCACCAGCUUCGUCCUCAUGACCACCUUCCCAAACAAAGAGCUGACGGACGAGAACCAGACCCUGAAGGAAGCCAACCUGCUCAACGCUGUCAUUGUCCAGCGAUUGACAUAAAGGAACCCCCCUCCGGGCAGGCGCCUCCUGCGCGCGCACGCGUCGUCCCGUCCCAUGCGUGCACCCACGCCGGGCACCACGGGCUCGUAUCUACUCGUAGCUCUGGGUUCUUAGGUCUUGGUUGGACUUUUUUUCUCUUUAGUUGCAUUUCCCAUGGGUUGGGGUUUUUUUUUGUGUUUUGUUUUUUUUUUUUUUUGUGAUGAUGAUCAGUGGACUUUAAAAUAAAUAAACGAAAUGAAUCCGUUUUGAAAGGA